GCGAAGUGCAUGUCCUUUUAAUUUUUAAUUCAGUUGUUUGUUUGAUAAUUCUCACGCCAUAGUCAAAGCGUAUCUAUGUCUCAGUAAAACAGUAAUUAUUUUUAUGUAAUAAACAUUUUUUUUCUAUUGAUUAAAUCCUUCUAAUGAAUAAGACACCAGAGAAAAUGUUCCUUCGCAAAGGUAAAAGUACAACCAGGAUAAAUAAAUACGAACCUGGACGCAACGAUGGUUACCGUCCAAGGAGUCGGAGUGUCUUCACCACCGCAAACGUUAUUGCCGAAGUGCCUCCAGAGGAUGAGGGUGAGGUGGAUGGACCCACUUGCUGGCCCCCUUAUGUGCCCAAACCUAUCGCAGUGAAAAAUUAUUUUGGUCAGGAUUCUAAAAACGAUUACUCAGGAGAGGAACAAUAUCAGUCGUCCGGUACUGUCAUUUCUCCCCAGGGAGUCAUAUCGAUAAGACUAAACGAGCGUAUCCGAGUGGACAUAUCUCCAGACCGAGCAGUACGAGUUUCCAAUGGCCGAAACGGAAUAGUCUUAGCCUUAAGUUCCAGUGGAGCCUCUACUGCAUUGAUUCACCCAAAUGGAAGAGUCUACCAGUACGGAUCCAGGGUCGAGAUAAUGGCUAAUGAUAGUUUCGGGAACGAUAAAUUUGCCAAAAUGUGGUACAAAGGAGUCAGCUUUAGCAGCAUGCAGUGCGCUUUGGUGUACCUUGUGGAUUCAGCUGGAACCAGGACCACAACAGAUACUUUCAACGAUCUGUCGCAGCAUGAUUUUACUUUGAACGUACUUUACGAAAAUGCUUCGUAUCUGGAACAAACUACAUCACCAACCACUGGUUCGCUGGUUAACGAAGCUGUCAGCCAACUGGCCAAUACCAAUUAUUGGUAUACAGAAGAUGGUACUGAAAAUUGGAUAAUAAAUAAUGUUAGAAUUUCGCAAACAGCUGAUGGAUUAGUACGUGUUGGCAGACAGAGCAACAAAUUCUGCCUCAGAACUUCCCCGACCAACGGUUCAGCAUCGAUUUCGACUCCCUUCAUGCACUGCACAGGUUCCCUAGGGCAGACGCGCCAUCUUUUUGUACGCAGAGGUGAACGUCGGAUGCAUUAUGACGGCUCGACAUUUAUUGUACGUAACGCCGGUCAUUCAGCUGGAUUUGAUGAAAAACACCAGCUUAAAGUAUACUAGGUUGGUGCUGCUUAAAGUGGCCAGAACAUCUUCUUAGCAGAGGAUUUUUUUUUAGGAUGUGGUGUGAUUUACAUUUCGUGAUUAGUUACUUACAUGUUUUUUUGCUGAUGUUUUUCAGUGUCACUUAUUAAAUCGUUUGUGUUUUUUAACUUUAG